AUAAAAACAUAACCCAAAAUCCUGCACAACACCAACUCCAAGUUCGCGCCCUAAAUCUUCAAUCUUUUCUGCGAAUUUCUAACUUCUUCACACAGAUUGGCGAUAUGGUGUCGAGCAUAGAUCGAUCGGAGAUAGCUUUCUUUGACCUGGAAACAACUGUCCCGACCCGACAUGGUCAGGGGUUUGCCAUCUUAGAAUUCGGUUCGAUACUGGUUUGCCCUAGGAAGCUCGUUGAGCUCGAAAGCUACGAGACGCUGGUAAGACCACAUGACCUAUCACUCAUUUCCACCUUGUCCGUUCGCGCCAACGGCAUCACCGCCGAUGCUGUCGUUUCCGCCCCGACCUUCUCUGACAUCGCGGAUAAGGUUUACGACAUCUUACAUGGGAGGAUAUGGGCAGGUCACAAUAUAAUUAGGUUUGAUUGCGUGAGGUUAAGGGAGGCGUUUGCGCAGAUUAACAGACCACCACCGGAGCCCAAGGGAACCAUUGAUUCAUUGGCUUUGUUGACACAGAGAUUUGGGAGGAGAGCUGGAAACAUGAAGAUGGCCACUCUCGCAGAUUAUUUUGGGCUUGGAAAGCAAUCACACCGAAGUUUAGAUGAUGUGCGAAUGAAUCUUGAAGUUCUCAAGUAUUGUGCAACUGUUCUUUUCUUGGAAUCAAGUCUUCCAGAUAUAUUUACAGAAAACAGUUGGGUUUCCCCAAAUGCCACCACAAGAACCCGUAGUAAUGCAAAUGCAACUGGCCCAAGCACUAGCCCAUCAUCUUCCAAUUCCCCUCCAAAUCAAUCAGCUUCUGGUGUUGGUCAACAAGCUCAACCCGACCCGUUUGACUUGGGCCCACUUAUAGACAAAAUUGAAAACGAAGCCAUGGAGGAAGAACCACCAACAGCAGCUGCUGAAACUGCCGCCAUCAGUGACACUGACACCAUUGAAUUUCUUGACCCUGAUCAAGUUUCCAUACCCUCUGUUACUAUAUCUCUUGUCCCCUUUUUUCGUGGACCCCAAAAGAUACAAAUCCUUCACAGAAACACCCCAUUGCAGAUCCGAUGUAAUGCCUUGAAGAUACGUUUUGGAAUAAGCACAAAGUUUGUUGAUCAAGCAGGAAGGCCUAGACUAAGUUUUGUGGUUGAUGCGCCCCCAAAUCUUUGUGGUGUUCUUGAUGCAUGUGAUAAUAUUGCCAAGAGAUUUGUGGAUUCUGAUAGUAACUCAGAAUGGAGACCUGUUGUUAGCAGAAAGCCUGGGUUUUACAACUCACCUACUGUUAGAUUACAGCUACCUACUGUAGCUGAAGGAGAUAGUGCAAGAUGGAUUACAGAGAUAUACCAGAAAGAAUCAUCUUCGUUGUCUGUGGAAAGGGUUAUGUUUAGUAGGUAUGACGUGGCAGAACUUGAGGCUUUGAUUCGUCCAGGUUCCUUGGUGGAUGCUUGUUUUCUUUUGGAUCCAUAUGACUACAGACAGAGUGCUGGAGUUCGAUUAGUGGCUAAGAAACUGAUUGUUUGAUUCUAAUUGAAGGGUUUUGGUGUAUAGAUCACACACUAAUGGCUGACUUCUAGAAAAAGAAUCUUGGUUUAAUGUUUGUAAAGAUUUGGAAAGGAAGAAAUUUGUUUUAUUGUUGAUGUAGAAGGUGAAUGACUGAUCCUAGGGUUUCGAAUUCAUCAAUGCAAAAUGUUGUUAUUCUU